AUGCCCGAGCACGUGCCAGAAUUUGACCUCGCGUUCAUGUCUCAGAUGCUGGGCGUUGGAGCCGUCCGGUCGGAGCCAGAAGACCCAGCCACUGGCGACGACGAGACGAUCAUGCAGGAGGCCGCCGUCGACGUUGCCCUCCAGCUUUUGACGGAUGGCGAGGGGCUGCAGGCGCUGCUCGCAUCUGAUGAACCGAGCGCAGAUAGGGUUGCGCUGGAGGGUGCCGACAACGCGUUUGCAAACUCGCGUACCUCACGCUCCGUAGUCCAGCCAUGGCCAGAGGGACAAAACCACGCGAAUUCUGCACGCUAG